UCAGAAUACGAAGCAAAGGCAUUAGAAACUAAUUCGCCAUGACUUCUGAAAGCCCUAGUCUCAAAUCUUCAGUUUAUCUGGAAGACAUGGAAGAGCUUGAAAGGGUAUUCAAUCGAUUUGAUGCGAAUGGUGACGGAAAAAUCUCGUCUACGGAGCUUGGCAACGUUCUCAAUGCCCUAGGCUCUGAAAGUUCUCCGGAACAGAUUCACCGCAUGAUGACAGAGAUCGACACCGACGGAGAUGGCUAUAUCGAUCUCAAAGAAUUUGCCGAUUUCCACCGUGGAAGUUCGAUCGAUGAUGCAGAUGCCGGUAAUGGGAUGAAAGAGCUGAAAGAUGCAUUUGAUAUGUACGAUAAGGAUCAGAACGGUUUGAUAUCGGUAAAUGAGCUUCAUAUGGUGUUGAAGAGCUUGGGGGAGAAGUGUACCAUCCAAGACUGCUCCAAGAUGAUCACCUCUGUCGAUGCCGACGGCGAUGGAAACGUUAAUUUUGAAGAAUUCAAGACGAUGAUGACAAAAGGCAAGGCUUAGGCUCACUAGAUCUGAAACACUAAUCCUAACUCUUCU